GACGGAAUUGUGGCAGCGAUCUUUUCAUGCUGAUCGCGGCGGAGGUGGGCUGGCCGCUGGCAGGCCAUUAAGCAAGCAAAUACAGUGAGGUAGUACCUGCAGUUGGUUCCUUCAGGAUGCGAAUGUCCACAAUUCACUUGAAGUGAAAGCAACUGGGUUUUAGCAGCUGGCAGUAACAACACUGAAAAGCUGGAACGUUCGUCAUAUCUAGAUAACUUACUGGAAACCUUGAGCCUGCAAGAUCAGGGUCAGGAGGUCAUGCCGCGGGGCAGGAAGCGGUCCGAGGAGCAGCCAGACGGUCACGUGCGGCCGGUCGCCAAACGCCACCGCAACGGACAGCACGUCCAGCCCAGCGGCCGCCGGCCCGUCGGCUUCAACGAGAAGGUGUGCCUCGAGUGGUUCCGCGAGUACACGACAGCCGACGAGCCCGACCUGCUGGGACCGGAGGGCAUGGAGCGCUUCUGCCGCGACCUUGGCGUCCAGCCUGAGGACGUCGUCAUGCUGGUGAUCGCCUGGAAGAUGGACGCCAAGAACAUGGGCUUCUUCUCGGCGCAGGAGUGGCUGAGGGGCCUGUCCCAGCUACAAGCUGACUGCAUAGAGACGCUGCGGUGGCGAAUAGAUUAUAUGAGGUCGCUUCUGGAUCACCCAGACGUUUUCAAGUCGGUGUACAGGUUCGGGUUCGACUUCGCGCGGGAGAAAGGCCAGCGCAGCAUGGACCUGGAGACGGCGCUGGCCAUGCUGAAGCUGCUGCUGGAGCCGCGCUGGCCCGCCUGCGCCGCUUUCCUCCGGUUCCUGACGCAGAGCAAGCACCGUGUCGUCAACAAGGAUCAGUGGAACAACAUUCUGGAGUUUUCGCGCGUCAUCUCACCCGACCUCUCCAACUACGAUGAGAACGGCGCCUGGCCCGUCAUGCUGGACGAGUUCGUGGCCUGGCGCCGGCAAGAGCAGCGGCCCGACGCUAGCAUGGAGGCCGACUGGUGACAGACGCUACGCGCGCCACGUCCCCGCCGCGGGUGACGCCGCGUGGCAGACCUGCCCGACACAGGCGCCGCCGGCCAGCCCCUCGUGCCGUCUGAUGGAGGGCGGCGGCACCGUGCCGACCCACACGCAGGGAGAGAGGAAGAGAGGGAGAGAGAGGGGGCAGACACCGCGCGGUAGGAGGGCGCACGUGGUGUUUGCGUGCCGCCUCCAGCUCGGCGCACAACGUUGCCAGGGCGCCGCUAAUCGAAUGAGCUUUACCAGACGAUCGACGGGCCGUCCAGCGUGGGUGGCGCUGGAUGUCCUGCUGUCGAUCCGAGCGCGCGCCGCAGCCGGUGGCGUGCUGUUUUGCGGGUGGGUUGCCCCUCGCCCCGCGCGCGCACUUCCACACACACCCGUACAUAGGCGUGACGGAUGGAACGGUCAGCUGGUGAACACAUCAGAGGCUGUGCUCUCCGCGUGGGCCUGUGCGAGAGAAGCUCGAAGAUGAUGCCGAAGCUGAUAAGGCCCGUGUGAGUUCCUCGCGGUGUGAAUGUGACUCCGCGCUGCCCCCCACGUGCAAUGUCCCGCCGCCGACCGGUGACCGCGCACGAUCUGAGGGAGCGCGCGCGGUCGCGAGCGGUGGGUGUGGACUGGUGACCUGGGACCAGGAGCGCUGGCCCGCCUGUGGGCCGAACCCAGCCGACAGUGGUCCGAGCCGGGUCAACAAUCAGCCCAGGUGGCCAUAACGCGACGCGUGCAGGGCACUGAUGGAGGUCUGGGGUCAGUUCCCAGUCUCCCGGCAUUGGCUGCGUGACGUGGCAGCUCCUGUGACGCUGCCGGCUCCGUCCGCGGUCGUCCGGCUGUCUUAUUCCGGCCGUGCAUCGUGAACGAUCGCGGCGUUUUUCUCCCUCGGCGGUCGGCUGGCCGGCGCUGCGUCUGCCGGGCGGCUGGCCGUUCGCUCUCCUAGUCCUGCGACGUUGACCCGUGUAGCUGGCCAUGAAAUAAAUGUGUCUCUUUUGAUGCCUCG